AUGAGUAUAAAUAAAACUUCUAAUGUUUACGUUAUGUCUAUAUUCGACGAACAGUUUGAAAUGUACGAGAAGAUUGGUUAUGGCAGGUUUGGUAACGUGUAUAGGGCGAGAUACAAGCCGACAGGUGAGGUGAUAGCAGUGAAAGUAAUUCGAAAGGGAACAAUCCAUCCUUGUUACAUUGGCAACGAGGUACGGCUGGGAUCGCUUGUUUCGCACCAUGGUAUCGUCAAAGUUAAGUUCAUGUUUCACAACAGUACUUAUUUUUUCAUUGUUAUGGAGUUGCUUGAAGGUGCAACUCUGGAGAACCUUAUAAACUGCCAACGCUUUACUGAGAAUGAGGCACGUGUGUAUGUCUAUGAACUUGUAAAGGCCCUACACUUCCUGCAUUCGCACCAUAUCAUGCAUCGAGAUAUAAAGCCAAGCAAUGUCAUGGUAUGCAAAACCGGUAUAAAAAUCGUUGAUCUGGGAACACUUAGCCUGUUCCAGAAGCAUUGCAACAGAGAAGAUAAUCAAUUGCUAGCAUCAAAAUCUGCUUCAAACAGGGCUGCAAGUAUCUACGACUCGUACAAUAUCCAACCGACCGACGUGAACUCCGUAAGUAUUUUGAAAUCACUUGGAAGAGGUGGAGGUAGAAUGAUCAAUUGUAUGAAUAUCAAAAGGGUAUCUGCAGAAAGGUGCGGAACGCUUCUUUACUCCGCACCUGAAGCACUAUUUCUGCGAUCACAGAUUACCGACAAAGUUGAUGUGUGGUCAUUAGGAUGCCUUAUCUACAGGAUGAUCACGGGCACCGACCCCUUUACCGGAAGCGAUAGUAGUGAGGUUGAAUAUUCCAUUUUGAAAGGUCCUAUAGACACAGAUUCGCUGAAUGUUUCGGACAGUUUGAAAGAACUCUUUAGAGGAAUGUUUCGGAGGGAUCACAAGGCACGAAUGAGUAUCGAAGAUGUGAUGGCCUCGGAUUGGUUGAGCCCGCUAACUCAGACAUAUAUAUCUGAUGGUGUAUGUGUUUUCUGUGGAAAUUCGUUGGAGAAGGCCCAAGGGGUAGAAGAAGGCAAUUUGUUCAGAACAUGCAGGAAAUGCGAGGAUUCAAGAAGAGAAAAGAUAAGGAACUGUGGAACAGAGAUGUGUUUUUCAAACGACGUUCCGGCUGGUAAACUGAAUCGGGAACUGGUCGAAAUAAAGCUGUCGAUGUGGGGAUUGUGUGCAUCUCUCGACGCAACACAUCGCGAUGAUUUGACAAAAUUAUUUGGGUUGCGCCCGGAAGCAGUCGACCAAAUAGGCGAGAUAAAAAAUGCACGGGAGGUUGCCCGGGAGAUCGAAUUUGGCAGACAGCUAAAGGCGUAUUUUGGAAAAUCACGAGGAUGUUUCACGCUACCUGAUAUUUACAGCUACAUAAAGUGCAGAGCAUUAUACAAAGAUCCUAACUUGCGGCUGGUCAAUGGAGGGCGCAGCAUCUUCAAAGUACGGAUGUUUUUCAAGGAUGUUAUUUUUAAAUCAUUAGAUCCGCCUACAAGGAUGAUUAGAGGCAUUUCGUAUGAUGUGAGUGUUAGCAAUGAGCAAUCUGGUCCAAAAAUUUCUCUUUAUAAACGUGGUGGGCGUUUCAACGACUUUCAACGAUUACAUUCAAUGAUAAGGGACAAUUUCGAAAGAAUGGUGAGGGUAUGCGAUGAAUGGUACUGAGACCGCUAAUCAGCAAUCCGUGCCAUGCUUUAUGUUGCGGGUACCACUUUGGACAUGCAAGCAGGCUUAGCCUGCUGGAACGCUAUAUCGAACAAAUGAUGUCCUGAAAUAGGUACGAGGACAAGGAUAGCGAAGAAAAACAGCAAAAAGAGAAUGGAGAGCGUUUCAUAUGUUACACCAUUAUUAAAUGAUUCUUGAA